AUCGUUAGAACCAUCAUGACAUUAUAACACAAUGGACUACCUCUUAAGCAUCUGUGUUCUCUGUAGUAUUCACAUUUCAACAGCAUCAGUGAACCUUGCCCUGAACAAGCCAGCCAUACAGAGUUCAACGUACCAAGAUUAUGUGGCCCAACUUGUCGUAGACGGUAAUUCAACCGCGGAUUGGACAGCAAAAACAUGCUGUCACACUGGUACCAACGAUCCAAUGCCUUUCUGGCAGGUAGACUUAGGAGAAAGUGUGACGUUACAAAGAUUCAACAUCACAUACAGGCAACUUCAAACCACGCGUAUGAGUGGGUUUAAGCUCAUCGUAUCCAAUUCAUCAAAUGACUGGGGAGGUGGCUCUGGUACUCUUUGCCACGAGGAAACCCGACCUGAUCCUCCCUACAUACAGGCCAUCGAAUGUUUCGUCGUCGGACGUUACGUCACUUACCACGAUCCUACCACGGCGACAGGUGACCCAGGCCCUAUCAUUGAGCUCUGCGAACUGGAGGCGUUUGGUAAGAUUCUAAAUUGUAACGCUUCUCAGUCACAGUUACCGCACAGGGGAGCAAAAGCAGUAUGA